UUGUCAUUGGAGACACUAUUAGAGUUGUUGUUAUUGUCAUUAAUAGAGUUUUCGUUCAUCACCUUCAGUAUCAUAUCAUGUCACGUUAUCGUUGGAAUUGCCGUAAAGCUAACGCUGGUGCUAUAUU